AAUACAUUUAAAAGCUCAUAAAAGAGUUGGUGGACGGCUGAUGAUUUUUGUUUUGACUGUGCUCCGUUCAGUGUAAUCAUUAUCAGUAUGCACAAUUAACCUGAACGAUCAGUGAUUGCAAUAUUCAAAUGCCGAAUAAUUUUGAAAUAAUUACCAACCAUUUGACGGAUGGUUAGUCCCGUCCGAAUUACGACACUACGCAACUAUAUAAAUGUUGCCGCGCACACGAUACUUUUAGCUUUCAACUUUUUAUAAUUCUACGCUAUUGAUCAAAAAGAGCAGAAUCUAAGGGUUUAAAACAUGGCUGCUAUUAGUUCUUUCAUUUUACUGAUCUUCGCCGUAGCAUUCGAAAUCGCUAUGGCUUGCAAUGGUUACAAGGCUCGAAUUGUAAAGGUGGAAAAUUGUGCCGGACCUGAUGCUAUUAUUAUGCUGGAUGAUGCUUUUGCUGUGAAACUUAAUAAAAACUGUGAAAUUGUGCCUUCGGGCUGCGUAACAAACAAAGCCUUCAAUACAGCUGUAUCGAAGUUUAAAGUUCAAAAGGAUGGUAUUGUCUUAAAGGAGGGCAAAUUCGACCUUUGCGCUGCCGCAGAACAUGUUUCGAAUGAAGCAAAGGAUAUGUUAAAACUAUUUGGUGCUCCGGCCAGUUGCCCAGUACCAGCGGAGAAAAUCUGCGGAAACGAUCACCGCGUAGAUUUGUCCAAAUACAAGGCAAUGCUGAGCAUGGCCAAAGGCAAUAUUAUUGUCGAUUCGGAUAUUACACACGACACUGGUAAAUCAUGCUUCCACGUUGAGCUUGAAAUUUCAAAAAGCUAAGGCGGUUACUGUAGUGUAAUCCAAUAAGGAAAUAUUUAAUGCGGCUAUUGCUUUUAAUUAAAAAAAAGUAUAUGUUAAUAAAUACAAGCAAUUCAAAAAAA